CUAUGGGUCGCCUUCGCUGAGACCUAUUUUGACGAACCCAUGGCGCGUCCCAUGGGAGCAGUCCGUCUGAAGAAGACGAAUCCACUGACUCUUGCCGUCGGCGCGGCGCUUUGCAUCUUCAUUCUCUACUUCCUACUAGGCUCGUCGACUCCCGACUUUUCGGCUUCUCGAAAGGCCAGCGCCGCCUCCCACCCUCUGUCGCCGCCAACGUCUCCCUUCCGCAAGUCCACCGGUGGUGGCAAGUUGAAGCCACCUCCCGUCACACGAUACAACCUCAACAAUGUCACCAUCACUCCCAAGCCGCUCGAGAACCGCGAGAACAUUCUCAUUCUAACUCCCAUGGCGCGAUUCUACCCCGAGUACUGGGACAACAUUCUCCGACUGGAGUACCCCCACGAACUGAUUACUUUGGGCUUCAUCCUGCCCAAGACGAAGGAGGGGAACGAUGCGACGAGAGAACUGCAGAAACAAAUUGCCAAGACGCAAAAGUCCGGGCCGGAAAAAGACAGGUUCAAGAGCAUCAUCAUCCUGAGGGAGGACAUCGACGCACCUCUCAUUUCGCAGGACGAGAGUGAGCGCCACAAGCUGAAGAACCAGAAGGUCCGGCGGGCAGCCAUGGCCAAGGCUCGCAACUCUCUCCUCUUUUCGACCCUCGGGCCUUCAACCUCGUGGAUCCUGUGGCUAGACGCCGAUGUAGUUGAGACGCCGCCGACCAUCAUCCAAGACCUGGCCCGCCACGACCAGGCCAUCAUUGCGCCCAACUGCUUCCAGCGCUUCUGGAACUCCGACAAGAAGGAGAUGGACGAGCGGCCCUACGACUUCAACAACUGGCAGGACAGCGAUACCGCGCUGGAAAUGGCCAAGCGGAUGGGCCCGGACGAGAUCCUGCUAGAAGGCUACUCCGAGAUGGCAACCUACCGGACCUUGAUGGCCUACCUGUUCAAGGAGGACGGGCUUCUCCACGAAGAACUUCCCCUGGACGGCGUCGGCGGCGCGGCAUUGCUGGUCAAAGCCGACGUCCACCGAGACGGUGCCAUGUUCCCCGCGUUCCCGUUUUACCACCUGAUUGAAACGGAGGGCUUCGCGAAGAUGGCGAAGAGGUUAGGCUGGCAGCCGGUGGGAUUGCCGAACUACAAGGUAGGGUAUCCUCCUCCCUCGGGUCAACGGUAUUGAUCGUGCUAACGAUCGACAGGUGUAUCACUACAAUGAGU